CGAGUGAGGACCUCCUCGGGCUGCAUAAGAAGCUCUACGAGUCGACGAGAGAGCCCAGGAAACCUAUCGUUGGAUCAUGGCUUAUGUUGCCCGGUGCUAACCUCGCGAGGAUGCUCGCGCAGAUGGGUUUCGACUUCGUGCUCAUUGAUUGCGAACAUGGCGAUAUUUCUGACUCUGCUAUGCAUGCCUCGGCAGCAGCAAUAGCGGCCCAAGGAUGCUCUCCCAUCAUCCGCAUCCCAGCCCCUGAGAACUGGCUUGUCAAGCGCGCACUCGAUACGGGAGCCCAUGGCCUCUUAUGCCCCAUGAUGUCCACCCCAGCACAAGCUCGUGCUCUGGUCUCAUAUGCCAAAUUCCCUCCUGCUGUCGGCUCUUCUCUGGUUGGCGACUCCCUCCCAGGCGUUCGUGGUGCAGGAUCGCCAUUCGCACCCGCUGCCUGGAAUAUGGGCAUGGGCGACUACCUGAAGAAGGCGAACAAGAACGUAUUUAUCGCCGUUCAGAUCGAGACAGUUGAGGGUUUGGAGAACUGCGAGGAGAUUGCGAAGGUGGAGGGAAUUGAUAUGCUCUUCGUUGGGCCAAACGACCUAUGUUCAUCGAUGGGCUUCCCUGCACUCGAGCACCCAAACAUUCCCGAAGUUCAGUCCGCUAUUGAACGGGUACUCAAGGCCGCCCACGACGCGGGCAAGUAUGCGGGUAUGUUCUGUACGGCGGCAGACCAGGUUCAGAAGAGGUUCGAACAGGGCUUUGACUUCAUGAACCUUGGCGCGGACAUCGUCGCUAUCGGCGUCUGGAACGGCACUGAGCUCGCCAAGCUCCAGUCGAUUCGCAACCCCCAGCCUUGAAUGUACUUGCUACCCAACAUGAUAGAAGACCGAGAUAUCGUAUAUGGACAUCUGACCGUUCCGCUUUCUUCCCAUGACACGCCCACCAACGAUGAUACCAGUGAACGCUGUACGCCUGCAUUAUAUUUUGAUUUUCACACAAGCCAAUAC